AUGGUUCUUGAUAUUGACAUGUUCCGUAAGGAGAAGGGUGGAAACCCUGAAGUGAUCCGCAAAUCGCAACGCGAUCGUUACAAGGAUGUUACUUUGGUUGAUCAAGUCAUUGAAUUCGAUGAGAAGUGGAGAAAGGAUCGAUUCAUAGCCGAUGAGUUGAAUCGCCAAAAGAAUGCCAUUUCCAAGGCGAUUGGAGAGAAAAUGAAGAAGAAAGAACCGCAAGGAACUGAUGAUGCCGUGGCUGAUGAUAUUGUUGCGCGACUCACUGACCUUAAGCUAGAUGAGCUUUCUAAACUAACCGUUGUUCAACUAAAGAAACUUCGUGUAUUGGUCGACGAGAAAUCUGCUGAAACUGCUGCUGCAGUCGUCGCACACGAAACUGCUCGUCAUGAGAAACUUAUCCAAAUCGGAAACUUGCUCCAUGAAUCUGUUGUCGUUUCUGACAAUGAAGAUAAUAACAAAGUAGAACGAACAUUUGGAGAUUUGACAACAAGAAAGAAGUACUCGCAUGUUGAUUUGGUUGUGAUGGUCGAUGGAUUCGACGGAGAACGUGGAACUGUUGUUGCUGGAGCACGUGGAUACUUCUUGAAAGGUCCUCUAGUUUUCUUAGAGCAAGCAAUCAUUCAAUUGGCUCUUCAACGAUUGAAUGUCAAAGGUUACACUCCACUCUACACUCCAUUCUUCAUGCGGAAAGAAGUGAUGCAAGAAGUUGCCCAGCUCAGUCAAUUUGACGACGAACUCUACAAGGUUAGCUCAAAAGGAUCUGAAGUAGCUGGAGAUACUUCCAUUGAUGAGAAAUAUUUGAUUGCAACUUCUGAACAACCAAUUGCUGCGUACCACAGAAACGAGUGGAUCAAAGAGACGGAACUUCCUAUUAAAUACGCAGGAGUUUCUACCUGCUUCCGUCAAGAAGUUGGAAGCCAUGGAAGAGAUACUCGUGGAAUCUUCCGUGUCCAUCAAUUCGAGAAGAUCGAACAGUUCGUUUUGUGUAGUCCAAAUGACAACGAAUCUUGGAAACUUUUCGACGAAAUGAUUGGAAACGCCGAGAGCUACUAUCAAGAACUUCAAAUUCCAUACCAUGUCGUGAACAUUGUCUCAGGAGAGCUCAACAAUGCUGCUGCUAAGAAGUUCGAUCUCGAAGCAUGGUUCCCAGGAUCAGGGGCGAUGCGUGAGCUCGUUUCAUGCUCGAACUGCUUGGAUUAUCAAUCUCGUCGACUCAAGGUCCGCUACGGGCAAACGAAGAAAUUGAAUGGAGAGGUUCCAUUUGUGCACAUGCUCAAUGCUACUAUGUGUGCUACAACUCGUGUCAUCUGCGCCAUUCUCGAAAAUAAUCAAACAGAAGAAGGAAUUAAUGUUCCAACUGCUAUUCAACAAUGGAUGCCAGAAAACUACCGGACAUUCAUCCCAUUCGUGAAGCCAGCUCCGAUCGAUGUGGAUGCCAAAAAAGCUGCUGCUAAAAAUUAA